AUGUACGGCAUAGGAGGCUCGUACGGAUGGAGCAACAGUCGAACGAAGGACUAUGGUAAUCAUGGAAGUCGAGGACCAGCAUACGGCGGCUACUACCAGCAGCCUCAGUUCAAGAGAGCAUACCAUCAAGCUGGUCUCAACCCAUACGGCAACAACUUGCCUCAGCAUCACUAUCAGCAGCCUCGAGUCAACGGCGAGGGUCUUGGUCUAAAUAUCAAUGGCAUGCAUCAGUAUUCGAGGACAUAUGGAGAGAGCUAUUCUUCCGGUCGUCCUAGCCGUAAUCCUGGAAGCCUCGACCGUGAUCUUUUCCGCCGCGAUUACGCCAAUCGACCUCGUGCGGUAGAACUGCGAGAUCGUUAUGGUCCUGGGUCGAAAUUUAGUGGCUGGUUGAGGCAUCCGGGCUUCAGCUAG